AGCGAGAAGGAGAGCGAGGGCUUGAGUUGACAGAGUGACAGAUUAACGUGGAGGACUCAGCGGGAUAAUCAGCGGCCAGUCGGCACCGAGUCACUCGUGGACCUGGUCUUUGAAAACACGCAGAUUUGGAGGAACCACGCACUCACGCACGCACACACGCGCGCAAGGCAGCCGGGCACGCUCCCGCAGCCUUUAAUGGGAGAGACGGGACGCCUCGGAUUCCUCUGAGAUUACCACAAGAUGGGACUGAACUGAGCGGAGCAGGGGCAGCAAAGCAGGACAACAAUCUGCGAAUAUUUGCUUUGAAUCAUAACGAGGAUCUUACCAUUAGUUCUUUAUCGCUACCUCAAUAAGAUCCACAGCUACUCUAAAGUAGUUUAACCACUGACAGCUCGAGUCGAACUUCAGCCAAAUCAGUCGGAGAUGGAUAACUGACAAGUGAAGACCAGCAAGCCACAGAAGGCACUUCCUCCCUCCUGCUCCCUCCAGCAGUCAUGGCGGGGCUGAAACGACACCAUGAUGGCAAGAUUGCUGGAAUGUACGACCUGGACAAGACGCUAGGCCGUGGACACUUUGCUGUGGUCAAGUUGGCCCGUCAUGUCUUCACAGGGGAAAAGGUCGCCGUGAAGGUGAUCGAUAAGACCAAACUUGACCCGGUUGCGCGGGGUCACCUUUUCCAAGAGGUACGAUGUAUGAAGAUGGUGCAGCACCCCAACGUGGUCCGCCUCUACGAGGUCAUCGACACCGCCACCAAGCUCUACCUCAUCCUGGAGUUAGGCGACGGAGGAGACAUGUACGACUGCAUAAUGAAACACGAUGGAGGCCUGAGCGAAGAGGUGGCCAAAUGCUACUUCGCCCAGAUUGUCCACGCCAUCUCCUACUGUCACCGGCUGCAUGUGGUGCACAGGGACCUGAAGCCCGAAAACGUGGUGUUCUUCGAGAAGCAGGGCGUAGUCAAGCUCACCGACUUUGGCUUCAGCAACCGGUUUCAGCCUGGGAAAACGCUCAACACCUCGUGUGGCUCGCUGGCCUACUCGGCUCCCGAGAUCCUGCUGGGGGACGAGUACGAUGCUCCUGCAGUGGAUAUCUGGAGUCUCGGGGUGAUCCUCUUCAUGCUGGUCUGCGGCCAGCCCCCCUUCCAGGAGGCCAACGACAGCGAGACGCUCACCAUGAUCAUGGACUGCAAAUACACCGUGCCGGCGCACAUCUCCCAUGCGUGCAGAGACCUCAUCGGCCAUAUGCUGCAAAGGGACCCCAAAAAGCGAGCGACCCUUGAGCAGAUCGAGGGCCACGAGUGGCUCCAGGGCGUCGACCCCUCGCCCGCGACCAAGCUGUCCACCCCUCUCGUGUCCCAUCGCAGCCUGUCCGAGGAGGAGCACGGCUCCAUCAUCCAGCGCAUGGUGCUGGGAGGCAUCGCAGACAGGGACACAAUAACCGAGGCGCUGGAGUCCAACCAGUACAACCACAUCACGGCGACGUACUUCCUCCUGGCGGAGAGGAUGCUGAGGGAGAGGCAGGAGAAGGAGCAGCACAGCCAGACACGGUCGCCGAGCCCGAGCAAGGCCCAGUUCAGGCAGUCUUGGCCCACCAGAGUGGACGUUCACCAGGACGUCAGCGACGGAUUGGGGGGUCCUGCUAUCUCCCACCCCGGGGGGCCCCAGUCUCCUGCACGCAGUGCCGAGAGCCUCCACAAGGGGCCCCGGCCCAAAACGGCUCUGCUGGACGUCAGCCAGCGGCAGGAGAACCUAGCCGCCGCCGCCACCGCCGCCUCGGGCCAGCAGCCUCGACAGAACCAGGAGCGGGGGCCGAGGCCCGCGCCCAAGCCUCACCCCAACCCCCUCCGGCUGUGCUCCCUGGCCGCCGUGGGCCCCUGCAAACCUCGCAGUCCCAGUCUGUUCAGCGUGGAAGAGGACGAGGAGGAGGAGGGAGUGGAGGACAAGCGUCUGCCGCCCUCGGCGCUUCCCGUGCAGGUGGUGCUCCGCUGCAAAGCCUCCUCUUCGUCCUCCGCCUCCUCUUCCGCCAGUCGCCUGACGUCCCGCAUGAGCGCUCCAGUUCUCAACCAGAUCCACGAGGAGGACCGAGAGGACGAGGAAGAAGAGGAGGAGGACGACGACGACGGGGAGUUGAAAAGAUUCGGCGCCCCCAAACCCAGCCUGAGCCUCAAUCUGAACUCCAGAAUACCGUCGCCCUCGAUGCUGGCCGCGUCGCCGCGAUCGGCGCCGGUGGCCGCCUUCACCCCCAGCUCAGAAACCAGUGACGACGACACCGAGAGCCACUAUAAACCCGACGCGGCGUCUAUCGAUGGACGAGACGGCGAGAGAGAAGCGGGGAAAGAGGACGGAGGGAAACGAGACGGCCCCUCCCACUGUGCGAGCCCGGGCUCGGGGUCGGUGCAGGGCAAAGGCACGGCCAAGGCUGCCAGCGGCCUGGUGGAGAGCCUCAAGCUGAUGAGCCUGUGCCUGAGCUCCCAGUUCCACAGUCUGACCGGCAACGGCGGCGGCGGGGGCGGCGCCGGCGGGGUCGGAGCGGACCCCCAGGACCGUCCCAUGUGGCGGAUGUGCAUGGGCGGCUCCACGGGCAGCCUGGACAAGGUGUCGCUCCUGGGCGGCCCGUCGCCUCGCGCUAACCUCUACCACCGGCCGCCGCUCGGGGACGCGUUGGCCGACCCCUUGCUGGAUGGCGCCCGCCCGGGCACCUUGAGACUGGGCGAGCUGGACCUGGCCCGGGAGAACCACAGGAACAUGAAGAACCGCGUGCUGCAGAUGCCGCUGAGUGACAAGACUCUGUCGGUCAACAUCCACCGGAGCCCCAAAGAGGGUCUGCUCUGCACGCCCACCCCGCACAGCUGCUGCCAGGUCAUCUGAGGCGCCCGAACGCCUCCACACACUCCACACACACACACACACACACCUCCUGGACCGUUUGAGUUCACAUUACUUUAGCAUCGUCUCACGGUGGGUAGAUCUGGGAAAUGGCGCCGAAUGCCGGAAUCGCACAUUAAGAGAGACUCGAGGCUCAAUGCAACGCCAAGUAUGUGAAGCACUUUCCACACAAUAAACAGACUACUAAAGAGACAUUUUAACCAGGGGUUGUAUUUAAACAAAAACAUAUUUAUUAUUGUUAUUAUUUGGAGUGAAAAUGCAUACAAGAAGUGCUCACACACAUACACACACACACACACACACAUUAUCACUCGAUCAAUUUUAUCAUGUUACAUAUCAGUUUUUGUGUUCAAUUUGUUUUUAACAUCACAAGUUUUUUUAAAUCAUUUUUUAAGACAAUCAUUUUACUUUUUUUUUUUUUUUUUUUUAACAUUCUGACUGAAAGAGUUACAUUGUGACUGCACUUUCAUUCAAACGAGGCCAGAUGCAGGGUGAGAAACGGACGGCAGCACUUACAGGUACGAUGGUGGGGACGCACCGUUUUAUAGUCUGUCACGAUUUUAUUUUUCUAUCAGGAACAUGCUCUGCAGAGGGAAAGAUGCACACUCACUUGCCAAGUCGCCUGUGGUCGGACAGCGUAGUUUGUACAUAUGUGAAUACCUUAGCAGUACUCCGUACCUGUAGUAUUAACAGUAAAGUCGUAUUGCAGUAGAAAACCUGAAUUGUAGAUCCUUAGACCCCAUUAUUUGUCAUUCCUGCGGGACGCGCAAGGUUUCAGUUGAACCCAGAGAGGAGAGCGAAUGGAAACACCUCCAUGGACUCAAACAGUCACGUGCACAAAUAAGCGCUAAGCACCCUUUCUGAAAAUGCGCCUUAGAAGUCAUGCAAAUGGCAGGUUUUGGUAUUAAUGAUCGGUUUUAGAUGUUUUCUGACCGUAUCUUGUUUAUACGUAGUCACCGGUUCAGAUCAAGAGAGCGGAGCGCUUACUUCUGCACGUUUCUGUCCAUCUGUUCAUCAAUGGCAGCUCUUUAAAGUCAUGAUACAACGAGAUUCGAACUCUGGGUGCGACUCAAACCGUGUGCGUCCCGCAGAGCUCCGGGAUCACAGUAGCCACUGUUGUAGCGUAUUCCUGAAGAAGAAGAAGAAGAAGAACAAGGCGCAGCGGGGGGGAGGGGGGUUUAUCACAUCAUGACGCACCCCUUCAAGUGUCGGUCUGUGUACCUGGACGUGUGACCCACCCCUAGUGGAAUAUAUAACUUGACAGUGCAUGUGUUUUUUGCUGUAGCGAACCUUAUUCCUAGUCCACCGAGGUCGAGCCACCUGUCGUAUCCACCGAAGUAACAGAUCCGAACGGUCACUUUACUGUAACCUCACAGCAAUACCAGCGACUGCAAAAUGUACAACGAUAAUGGAUGUGCCAUAAAAACCUGUCUUGAGCAUAUUGUACUGUAUGUAUAUGAUAGAGCUCUAUUAAAAUAAAACGGUGUGAAUGAA